UUCCACCAAGGUGACCGCAUCCGAGCGGUGGAAUCGUUGCCUCACUCGUAGUGCAACUGUGGCUCCGAACGGAUCGGACUUAAGUGUGUGUUCUGCUCUGAACUGAUCUGGUUCUCUUUUUGUGCCUCCUGGCCUGCUAAUUGUUAAAGAAAGUUUAAAGGUGUCCACUUAUUGUCUAUUGUUAGAAAGUGUUUAAAUUUGUGACCGAUUUUUUCCGGAAAACCAGAUCGGCGGGCUCUUGAACGAAAAUGUCGAGACCAACGUCGGACGAGCAGAAGCGAAAGCAAAUCAGUGUCCGCGGUAUCUCGGUGCUGGAGGAUGUGAACGAGAUCAAGAGAGGCUUUAAUCGUCACCUUCACUAUACCUUGGUGAAGGAUCGUAAUGUGGCCACCGUUCGUGAUUACUACUUUGCCCUGGCCCACACCGUGAAGGACCACCUGGUGUCCCGCUGGAUCCGAACGCAGCAGCACUACUACGAACGGGACCCAAAGCGUGUUUACUACCUUUCCCUGGAGUACUACAUGGGCCGCUCGCUGCAGAAUACCAUGAUCAAUCUGGGCAUCCAGACGUCAUGUGACGAGGCCAUGUACCAGAUGGGGCUGGAUAUUGAAGAGCUGGAGGAGCUGGAAGAGGAUGCCGGUCUGGGUAAUGGUGGUCUUGGUCGUUUAGCUGCAUGUUUCCUCGACUCGAUGGCCACCCUAGGAAUGCCGGCCUACGGUUAUGGCAUCCGUUACGAAUACGGUAUCUUUGCUCAGAAGAUAAAGAAUGGCGAGCAGGUUGAGGAACCCGAUGACUGGCUGCGUUACGGUAACCCCUGGGAGAAGGCCCGCCCGGAGUAUAUGAUUCCGAUUCAUUUCUACGGUCGCGUGAUUGAAACUCCCGAGGGUAAGAAGUGGGUGGACACUCAGACCGUGUUCGCCAUGCCGUACGACAAUCCCAUUCCCGGGUACGGUAACAAUGUGGUCAACACCUUGCGUCUGUGGUCUGCCAAAUCGCCCAUCGAUUUCAAUCUGAAGUUCUUUAACGAUGGCGACUAUAUUCAGGCUGUGUUGGAUCGUAACUUGGCGGAGAACAUUUCGCGUGUCUUGUACCCGAACGAUAACUUCUUCGAGGGUAAGGAGCUGCGACUUAAGCAGGAGUACUUCAUGUGCGCUGCCACUCUGCAGGACAUUGUCCGUCGGUAUAAGUCAUCCAAGUUCGGAUCGAAGGCCGCCGUUCGUACUUCCUUCGAUGACUUCCCGAACAAGGUUGCCAUCCAGCUGAACGACACGCAUCCCUCGUUGGCCAUUCCGGAGCUGAUGCGUAUUCUGGUUGACGAUGAGAAGCUGUCUUGGGAAAAGGCCUGGGAUAUUGUGGUGCGUACUUGCGCCUACACUAACCACACCGUUCUACCGGAAGCCCUCGAGCGCUGGCCCGUAUCGCUACUGCAGUCGAUUUUACCCCGUCAUCUGGAAAUUAUUUAUCACAUCAACUUUUUGCAUUUACAAGCCGUUGAAAAACGCUAUCCAGGUGAUUUCGAUCGUAUGCGUGCUCUCUCGAUGGUUGAGGAAGAUGGUGAAAAGCGCAUCAAUAUGGCCAAUUUGUCGAUUGUUGGUUCACACGCUGUGAACGGCGUCGCUGCCAUCCACUCGGAGAUUAUCAAGAAGGAUAUCUUCAAAUAUUUCUAUGAACUAACACCGGAGAAGUUCCAGAACAAGACCAACGGUAUCACUCCACGUCGUUGGCUGUUGCUUUGCAAUCCGGGUCUGUCGGAUCUGAUCGCCGACAAGAUCGGUGACGAGUGGCCCGUCCACUUGGAGCAGUUGCAGAAGUUGAAGGCAUUCGCCAAAGAUGCUAACUUCCAGCGUGCAGUGGCUAAGGUUAAGCAGGAGAAUAAACUGAAGCUGGCCCAGCUGUUGGAGAAGGAUUACGGUGUGAAGGUCAAUCCGGCAUCAAUGUUCGACAUCCAGGUCAAGAGAAUCCACGAGUACAAACGCCAGCUGCUGAAUUGCUUACACAUCAUCACUCUGUACAAUCGCAUCAAGAGGGAUCCGACAGCGAACUUCACUCCGCGUACGAUCAUGAUUGGUGGCAAGGCCGCCCCUGGUUACUAUAUUGCCAAGCAGAUCAUCAAACUGAUCUGCGCGGUCGGAAACGUCGUCAACAACGACCCGAUCGUUGGCGAUAAACUCAAGGUUAUCUUCCUCGAGAAUUACCGCGUCACUCUGGCCGAGAAGAUCAUGCCCGCUGCUGAUCUGUCCGAGCAAAUUUCCACCGCCGGUACGGAAGCGUCCGGAACUGGUAACAUGAAGUUCAUGCUGAACGGCGCGCUCACGAUUGGCACGCUGGACGGUGCCAAUGUCGAGAUGGCCGAGGAGAUGGGCAAUGAGAAUAUCUUCAUUUUCGGUAUGACUGUUGAUGAGGUCGAAGACCUCAAGCGACGUGGAUAUAAUGCCGGGGAUUACUACAACUCGAAUCCGGAUAUCAAGCAGUGCGUCGAUCAGAUUCAGGGCGGUUUCUUCAGUCCCGGCAAUCCGCAUGAGUUCCAGGAUAUUGCAAACGUGCUGAUGAAGUACGAUCGUUACUUCUUGUUCGCAGAUUAUGAAUCGUACAUUAAAUCACAGGAUCAGGUUUCCGCUGUCUAUCAGAACCAAUCCAAGUGGCUGGAGAUGUCGAUCCACAACAUUGCGUCCAGCGGCAAGUUCUCCAGCGAUCGUACAAUCGCUGAGUAUGCCCGAGAAAUCUGGGGCGUCGAGCCUUCGUGGGAGAAGCUGCCCAACCCGGCGGAAGCACCCAAAUAGAAGUUCCCGAUCCGCAAUCCUCCAACUCACGGGUUCACGAGCAGCCAAUAAACUGCCGAUCGUGUGCGCACGCAAAAAAAUGCUUCGUUAGGGAGGAUGAAGGUCGUUCAUCAUCUAUUCAUGUUGGAAAGUCUGUUUGGAUUUCUAAAAUAUAGUGCAAUCAAUGUGCGGCUCAGUUUAUAAUAUACAUACACACACAAAAAAAAAACGAAGACAAAAUCUCGACGUCCUACUAAGCUUUAGCUGGCCGCUCGGCCCGGUUAUCUGAGUUCUGGUGCGUGUAAAUUUUUCGUUAAUUUCGAAAAGGCUAACUAAAACAAAUAAAAAACAAACUAGUUAAUCGAUAUUUGAAAUUUUAAAAUAAAAUGUUGAAAAUGUUAUAUAAAUAUGUAUCGUUAGAUGUAAAACUGCAUGCAAACACACACACACAGCAAAAUUAGAAAACACCCACGAUUAUGAAAUAAUCACAGCGAGAAUCAACAAUAAACCUUAGGAUGCCAUUAACCUAUAGAUUUAAAUGCUUUUCGUUUACUUUUCUUUUGAAUGUUGUCUGUAAAAACGUGAAGGUGGAAGAGAAGAAAAGGCCAACCGUUUUUAAAGCUUCUCCCUUGAUGCAACAUUACACACCCACUUAUCGCGGCGCAAAACAAAAAUUAGUUUUAGGGAAAACAACUAAACCUCAGUGAAAUCGGUGUACCAUCACAAAUGUUCUGUUGCAAGUUUGAGUAGUCUUUUUUUGGUAAAAGUCCUUUUUUAUGAAAUAAAAAUUAAUAAAAAUUAAA